AUGGCUCAAGCGGGAUUCACGGCGUCCCACGCCGAGGCCGUCAGACAUCUCCCUGAGGCAAAGGAUGACGCUAGACCUGAGAUGCACACCUUCAACGAAGAGGUGCCGUCGCCACUUUACCUGGCAGCUCAGACUGGCAACACAGCCAUUGGAAAGCUCUUACUGGCGUGUGGGGCGAACCAUGAAUUUGAGCUGGGAUCAUCGAAAUAUCGGCCACUACAUCAAGCUGUACAAAACGGCCAUCUCGAGUUCGUUGGCCUCCUGCUCAGCUCCAAGGUCUAUGUUGAUCCUCGCGAAGAAGAUGGUUGGACGCCUCUAAUGUUAGCAGCGCAAGAAAACCAUCUCACAAUCGUGGACCUGCUCAUACUGAACAGUGCGAAUGUCAACGCGAGGGGAGACGAUGAUGUGACUGCUCUGUGGAUAGCCUCCCAGCACGGCCACAUUGACAUAGUUAAGCGGCUCCAUCAGGCCGAAGCUAAGGCUUGUCAAAACGCACAUCUCGAAGUUGUCAAAUACCUGGUUGAAAAUAUGGGCGAGGAUGUCAAUGUGAAGACAGAAAACCAUGCAACGCCGAUGCUCCUCGCCGCUCAAGGAAACGAAGAUGUCAGAGUUGAGCUACUCGAAUAUCUACAUGAAAAAGGAGCUCGGGCGGUGAUCACCUAG